UGCGGGGUGGCAGUCGCUAUUGGACAGACUGACCUGCGUUCUCUGGUUCGCAGCAGGUAAUGGAAAAAAAGUUUGGAUUGUAAUAUAUAUCCAAUCAAAGGGUUUCUGGUAUUGCCUAUAUUAUCUCUUCUCUAAUGUCCUUCUUUCCGUCGUUGCAUCUCCAUACGUUGAAACUCACAACCGUGAUCGUUCUGUACCUCUAAUCAAAUCAAUCGCUUCAAUCAAGGCAAAAACUUCGCUCAAAGCAAGAGCAACACCAUGGCCUCUCCCGUCGAACCUCGAAACACCUUCCUCCCCAAACCAUCUGUCUCCAUUGACAGCCUCAAAUUGCUAAAAGUCUCCGAGGUCAAAUUGCCAUACCUCGCAGAAUCAGAUAACCCCUUACAUCGCUACACAACGUUCGUAACUGAGUAUAUCACCAUCUCGCCGGUUCUGGCCCCAUCUUCACCCCUCAACGUCAACCAAACCUCGGCGACCCUCUCUUCCACAGGAGUCCGCUCAUACCACAACGUCACUGCAUCCACGACGUCGUUGUAUCAACACCCGCAGUGGCCACAAGUCGGCACCGUGGUCGACGACUCGGACAUUCCCGAGGCGUGGCGCUCAAAGGAAAUGCAAAAUGAGCAAAUCCGUGUCUGGCAGACUCUGGGGAUUUUGUAUGCGGUUUUUGGGUUGGGUAUUUUGGGAGUGAUCGUGAUCAGUUGGAGCAAGUGCUGGUCGCGUGGUGAUUGUUGCUGGCAGCCGACUGAAGAGCAGAAGACGGUGGCAAGGAGGAAAGCUUGUGACCAGCACAACAGCAUCCCUCUGAGGUCCCGUGAGGUCCCCAUGCAAUACAGUACCUGAUGCAUCGAGCCCUUUUAAACCUCGCCGUUUGCAAAGAAACUUAGCAUAAGAGUUGAUUG